AUGCUCAUAAAAGUCAAGACUCUUACCGGCAAAGAAAUUGAAAUCGAUAUUGAACAUGAUGAUACGGUAGCAAGAGUAAAAGAACGUGUAGAAGAAAAAGAAGGUAUUCCACCUGCUCAACAACGUCUAAUUCACGAAGCAGGCAUAAAAGCCGGUGAAGUCCUCCAUCUUGUGCUGGCUCUUCGUGGGGGACAUUAG